GAGUCAAGAGAUGAGAAAAGUUCAGAAGCACCUGAAGCAAGAAUGAGCAGCAUCGCACCUCAGCAGCGUUUUCAUCUUGCGCGAUAGAAACAGUUCUUCUAGAUACCAAAGUCUGUGAGAAAUUAACCAAAUUAUGAAAUGACAUAAAUCUUUCGGUUUGUUUUUUUGCCACUAUGGGUCAACAUUUUUUACUUCAAGCCAGUUUCUUCCGUGCAACUGUCUUGUUUGCUGUGCUCGUUUCGAUCCCUCGUGGGCACUCUGACUGUGUAGAGUGCCAAAAUAAGACAAACGCCACAACCUCAGACAUCACUAUGUUUGUAGGAGACAGCUCCUCCUGCAGUGUGAAGAACUUCAGCAUUACAAGCACUCAGACUAGCAUCACGGUAACUGGACUGCUGCCUGGAAAAACGUAUUUCUUCAGGAUCAACUGUUCAGUUGUGUGCUGCGCAAACCUCUCCACCACAGACUAUUCCAGCAGUCUGACUAUUACACAGCCCAGCUCCACCUCAGUGUAUCUGAACUGGACAGGCCAGUUUCCACUGAUCAAUCAGUCUUUUACUCUCCGCCCUGAGCCUGUCAGUAACCUGUCUGUGCAAUCCAUCACCGUGAGCUCAGUGAACCUGAACUGGACACUUCAAAAUGGCAUCAGCCUGUAUUAUAAAGUAGUUUGGGGUGUAAACCUGUUUCUCACUACUAACCAAACCUCCAUAUUAAUCUCACAACUUGCACCCGGCACCAACUACACCUUCAGCGUCACCUCAGUGGCCUCUGAUAACCGCACUGAGGGGCGUGCUACUGAGAUAUCCCAAAACACAAGGCCAGCACAAGUGGAGAAUAUCACUGUGCUGAAUUCGAGUAACAGUAGUUUGACCGUGGAGUGGCCAGUCCCUCUUGGUUAUGUAAAUUCGUAUGUGGUGAGUCUAUCUGGUGUCGAGCUGAACACACCCCUCAACAAUACCACCCUCACCAUCUCUUCAGUCAUCAGUAACCUCACGGCAGGACGUGUUUACAACCUCACUGUGACCACCAUCAGUGGAGUCCUGAGAAACAGCUCUAACAUAGUGCUGGUUGCCACUAAGCCUAACCCGCCCGAAGCUGUCCAAGUGAGCAGACAGACCAAUGUGUCUAUUUCUUUGCUGUGGUUGAAACCUUUAUCAAUGGAUGGAGUCACUGUGUCCUAUGAAGUGUCAUAUAAAUCUAACCAGCCAGGGGUCAACCUUGAAACUUUGAAUUAUACCUACUCUUUAAACGUGACAAUCACAAAUUUAUUACCCGGCAGUCAGUACGACAUCACUGUGGUCACCAUAGGAGUAAAAGGUCUCAGGAGCUCAUAUGUAAACCUCACUGCAUAUACAGCUCCUAAUGCAGUGCAAAAUCUGUCAGUUUCUGCUGUCAGCAGCAAUUCAGUUAAUCUGACCUGGCUCCCCCCUACUGGAACCCUCAGCCUGUUCUCCUACAAUAUCAACAUAACUUCACCUGAUCAGACUCUCAGUACCACAUCCAACAAUUAUCAGAUUACUCCGCUGCAGCCUGGGACUCAGUAUAGUUGUAGCGUCAGAGCACUCAUAAUGGCUGCCAACAUAUUUGGACCCUCACAACUCAUACAGUGUAAUACCAAGCCACUGCCAGUGACUAAUUUAAUAGCCUCUCCUGUUGGCACCACUGAGAUGCGCCUUUCAUGGUCUCGUCAGAGUGACUACAAACCUUCAUAUCAGUAUAAUUUGAGUGUAAAUGGCGAACGAUGGAUACAGAGUAACAAUGAGACUGCAAAUGUCCCUAACCUUGUCGCUGGGAACAACUACACCUUUACUGUGCAAACUGUAGCAAAUGGCAUGAGCUCUGAUUCUGUAGCCAUCUCUGCAUUUACAGGGCUUGGUAAAGCAUCCAAUAUUUCUGCGGUUGGCACUACUCAGAGCAUGAGAGUGGAGUGGAGACCACCUGACAGCACUGUGAGUCUCUACAAUGUCAAAAUCCUGUUGAACGAAGCUGUUUUAAAGACAGAAAACCGAACGAAUGCGACAACCGUGGUGUUCUCAGACCUGCUACCUGGAACUCAGUACUAUGUCAUUGUCACAAGUAUCAGUGGACCCAUAAUGCAGGACAGCAAUAGUGUAUCCAAUGCCACCUUGCCCACUCCUCCUGGCGAGUUUGUGAUAGUGCGGAGCACAAACUCACUGAACAUCAGCUGGGCUCGACCACUUAACAUGAGCUCUGUAUCCCACUACUUCCAGUUAUCAUACAGCAACAGCACGCUGAACUGCAGCCAAAACUACAGCUCUCUGACGGGACUCCUUGCAGGUGUCCAGUACAACAUCAGUGUGAGGACUGUAGGUGCAAUGGGAUAUUUCAGCUCUCCUAAGUAUCUCACGACAUAUACAAAUCCUUCUGCCGUAACUGAUUUAAAAGUGACUGGAUAUACAGAGACUAGUAUAAAUCUGAGCUGGCAGCAGUUUGAUGUUCAGCAAUCCGGUUACUCCUACCUGCUCACCAUCACACACCCUAAUGGCACAGCUGACCAGAGGACUGUGAGUAACACCAGUGUGCUGCUACUGUCACUGCAGUCAGCUAGACAGUACAAUAUCAGCAUUGCCACACAGACAGCUGGCAACACCAAGUCUGAUCCCCAGUUUAUAACCGUCUGCAGCAAGCCGUUUCCGGUUACCUCUGAAAUCCAAGCUGUUCAGAAUGUUUCUGCCGUGAAGCUGAGCUGGGACCGUCCUCAGCAGUACCACAGUGGCUUUUCCUACCAAGUUUUCGUGUCCAAUUGCACAGAAAAUAGUCGGAACUUGUCGACUUUAUUUGAAAACAUCACAGUUACAGACUUGCAGCCUGGCACCCUUUGUCAGUUCAGUGUGUAUAGUUUUGCCUGCGGCAUUCUGGGACAACCAAAGACCGUCUCUGUCUUAACAAAGCCCUCUACAGUGAUUCCCAAACUAGAUAAUCAACGCUCUAAUCACUCACUCUUGGUGAAGUGGGUUCAUCCUGUUGGUGGGCUGGACAUGUACAUUCUGAACAUCAGCAGUGAAGGAUGGAGCAGCUCUAAAGUUCUCAGUAAUACUGAACACAAUCACACCUUCAGUCAACUAAAAGCAGCAACUGUCUUCACAGUCACACUCACGACUGUGAAAGAACCCUUCCGGGAAACGUCUGAUUCAGUAAUAAUGGCAACUUAUCCAAACAGACCAGGAGAGAUUAAGAUUUUGUUGAAGAGCAGUCAUUCAUUGUUGUUUCAAUGGGAUGAAGCUGAGAGCAUGACAGCUGGCAGCCUCAACUACAACCUGACCUACUGGCCCAGCUAUAAUACCAGUCAAUAUCUCACUCCUAAUAACACUUUCCUUUUGGACGGCUUGCGAUCUGGAACAACCUAUAAUGUUUCUGUGGUUACUGUAGGCCCGAUGGGUUUCCAGAGUGACCCUAUCAGAGUUCAUGUAACCACCAAGCCUGAUCCUGUCCAAAACCUACAAGCUGGUUUCACAACAAUAAAUAGCAUCUCUCUAAAUUGGACAAAAGUGGAAGGGGUCCCAAAAUAUGUAGUAAGAGUAUACAGUGAGAAGGAAGAGAAAAACUCAACCAUUAUAAAUAACAACAUGACUAUAUACAAUCUGAUGCCUUCAACAAGCUAUAACAUCAGUGUGCAGAGCAGCACUUCUGACAACACAGAAGGAGAAGCUGUGUGGCGGCAAGCAUGCACAGAUGCAGCUCCAGUGAAGAAUGUGAGCUGUAUGGGUCCUAAUUUAACCUUACCCAUGCUUAACGUCUCAUGGAGCCCUCCUCCUGGUAAUUACAAAGGCUUUAAAUUUAAGCUGAACUCCUUUGGCACAAAUACGACCUCCAGUCUGACCCACACCUUCACUGGACUUAAGUACAACACUCAGUACAAAGUCAUGCUCUGGACAACUGGUUGUGGGAAAGAGAGCACUGUGGAAUCGAUCACCUGUAUGACUGGAAUCACAGAACCUGUUGUACCUAAAAUAGAAGCAGUGAGUAUAUCUGAGCUACAAUACAACAAGUUUACUUUGAAUCUUCAGUCGGACAUCUUUAAUGACUCGAACGGUCCUGUGCUCUAUUAUGGUGUGCUUGUCUACUCCGGCACUAUUGAUUGCUUGGACAAGAGUAAAAAGUUUGAUCAAUGCCUGAUGAAAACCUACGAGGACUGGAAAGCAAAACGGUGCAGCACAUUCCUGGCUGUUAUCAGGAAACAGGGUCAAACAGGUUCUAGAAAUGUACAGACACAAACAGUCAUCAUUGGAGAUGAAACUAUGUGGAAAGGUUACAAAAAUGGAGAACUAAAUGCAAAAGACACUUACAAUUUUGCUGUCAUUGCUUUCACUCGUCUGGAGAUAAACAACAGUUUAGUGGAUGUUUCUAAUUCAUACUACUCCAUGUCUGACUUUUACCAAAGUCCCGUCACACUGCCAGAGAACCCAGUGGUAAUUGGAGCAGCAGCUGCAGGAGCCGGUGUUGCUGCUCUUCUUGUUGUAAUCAUCAUCGUGGUUGUGGUUUGUAGAGGGAAGCAAAGAAAAGAUGAUUCUACUAGUGUUCCUAUCCACUCUAUAAGAAACAAAGUGAGUAAUCCAAUAAACGUGGACGAUUAUGAGGCUUACUAUAGGCGGCAAAGAGCUGAUUCCUUUUGUGGAUUUGCUGAAGAAUUUGAGAAUCUAAGGCCGGUUGGAAUAAAUCAGUCAAAGACUGUUGCACAGGCCCCUGAAAACAAAGCCAAGAAUCGUUAUAACAAUGUGCUGCCAUAUGAUUCAUCUCGUGUCAAGCUCUCUGUGCUCAGCAGCCCAUUUGAUGACUACAUCAAUGCCAACUACAUGCCGGGUUACUCUUCAAAGAAAGAGUUUAUCGCAGCCCAAGGACCACUGCCCUGCACUGUCGAUGACUUCUGGAGACUGAUCUGGGAGAAAAACGUGCACACUAUUGUCAUGCUCACCAAAUGCAAUGAGCAAGGACGGGUAAAAUGUGAAGAAUACUGGCCAGCAGAGACAAAACGUUUUAGCAAUCUGACAGUGAUGAAUAUUUCCGAGAUCCCAUUGGAAGACUGGACUUUACGUGACUUUGAAGUGAAAAAUGUGAAAACAGCAGAGUCUCGUUCAGUCCAUCACUUCCAUUUCACUGCGUGGCCAGACCAUGGAGUUCCUGAGACCACUGAGCUUCUCAUCAACUUCAGACACCUGGUCCGAGAACACAUGGACCAGUACUCAAGACAUUCACCCACACUUGUGCACUGCAGUGCUGGUGUGGGCCGCACGGGAACCUUCAUUGCCAUUGAUCGGUUAAUCUUUCAGAUUGAGCAGGAAGGUGUAGUAGAUGUAUAUGGGAUCAUCCACGAUUUACGCAUGCACAGACCACUCAUGGUUCAAACAGAGGAUCAAUAUGUGUUUCUUAACCAGUGCGCCAUGGACAUCAUCAAGUCUCGGACUGGAAACAAUGUAGACUUGAUCUACCAGAACACAGCUGCACUCAAUAUUUAUGAGAACUUUGAACCCUUACAAAAAGCCAAAAAUGGCUACCAUAAGGCCUGACUGUCUACCUUAUAAUUUGCUGCACUGCUGUAAAAAAAAACUUUUCUCUUUUAUUUUUUUAAAUUGAGUUUUAUUUAAAGAGGGAAAUACAAAUAUGUAUUUAUUAAGAACUUUGUUUAUAAAGGUAUACAAGUAUGCAGAAAUAUUUUUACAUUUAUUAACAUUUGACAGUUUUUAUCAAAUACAGAAAUGUAGUUGCAGGGAUGUUUUGUGAGAGUUUUCAUAAAAUAAAGUUGAUAAUUGUUCAAGUACAUCCAACAUUAUAAAAACGCCAUAUCCUCAGACAUAGACUACAAGUGAAAUGAAGUUAAGCAUGAAUAGAAAUAUAGACAUGUGAACAUGUCACAUGGGACUUUAUCAUUCGACAGUGGUAUGUUGCUAUAUCACUGCAGCAUUAUUAAAGACAAGAUGGGUUUUCAAAACACCUCUCCUUGAUUUAACAUGGCAACUAACCUUGUAAUGAGCCAGUAGGCUGGUAAAUUGCUGACAAUGUGCAGUGACAUUAUCCAUUAAGAGAUAUGCUGUAGGUUGUGUCGGAGCUGUUGUGCCAGGAUGCUGUUCUCACGUUUGUGGCUUUAAUAUAUCUAUUAUUUCCAGAUGUCAAGGGCCAAAGGUUGACCUUAAAUGGACCAUAAGGACAAUUCAUUAGCAUUGAACAGUAGCAAUCUCUUUGGUUAUCUUUGGAAUUGUUUAUUUUCAGUAAAGAUACAUGCUGACCUGUCUAAUCCUGGAUUGUAAAUGUUUUUGUUUUCCUUUUAGAAUGAGGUCAGUCAAUGUUUAGUAUAUGUCUACUGAUAAUUUAUUACAAAAUGUUUUAACAGAGUGUGACUCUGUAUCAUGUUUGUGCACUUAAACUGUUAUAUUUGUACAUAAUAUAUGUUGUUCAAACUGAACUUUCAAACUAUUUUUUUCACACAGUGUUGUUCCAGGGACUUUUUGCUUGUGUGGUUUUAAUAGUCUGCCAUUUUCUGCACAGAUUUUUUUAAAUUGUUCAUUGAUACUCUGCUGGUCAUGAUAGAUAUUGAGAUUAAAAAGAUGCACUUUAUUCCACA